UUAGCCAGCACAACAUUUUUCUAUUCUCUAUAUAAGUAGAUAACAUAUCACUUGUAAAUUCCUUCACAUUAUUCAACAUAACUAGCAACAAUGACUAUACUCUCUACUAUGUGGCUAAUGCCUCUCUUUACUUUCAUUUAUGUCAAUGGUAUUCUUCCUAUUGAAGCUACUCACCAUGUUUAUAGAAACCUUCAGAGUUUAUCUUCUGAUGAUUCCUUCAAACAACCUUACAGAACUGCUUAUCAUUUCCAACCUCCAAAGAAUUGGAUAAAUGAUCCUAAUGGACCAUUGAGUUACAAAGGACUUUAUCAUCUAUUCUACCAAUACAAUCCUAAAGGUGCAGUUUGGGGAAAUAUUGUAUGGGCACAUUCUGUUUCAACUGAUCUUGUUAACUGGACCCCACUAGAUCCAGCCAUCUUUCCAUCUCAACCGUCCGAUAUAAAUGGUUGUUGGUCAGGAUCAGCCACAAUACUUCAUGGUAACAAACCAGCUAUUUUAUACACUGGAAUUGACCCAAUGAAUCACCAAGUUCAAAAUAUAGCAUACCCUAAAAAUUUAUCCGACCCUUUUCUAAGGGAAUGGAUUAAGUCACCAAAAAAUCCAUUAAUGGAACCAACUAGUGAAAAUAAAAUUAAUGCAAGUUCAUUUAGAGAUCCAACUAGUGGUUGGUUAGGAAAAGAUGGAAAUUGGAGGAUAAUUAUUGGUAGCAAAAGAAACACUAGGGGAAUUGCAAUUUUGUAUAAGAGUAAAGAUUUUAUUAAUUGGAUUAAAUCAAAACACCCUUUGCAUUCAGCUAAAGGCACUGGAAUGUGGGAGUGUCCUGAUUUUUUUCCUGUUUUGAAAAUUGGUAGAUUUGGUGUUGACACGUCAUUAAAUAGUGACGAUGUUAGGCAUGUAUUGAAGGUUAGUUUGGAUGAUAAAAAACAUGAUUAUUAUCUCAUUGGGACUUAUAAUGAUGAAAAGGACAAAUUUGUCCCUGAUAAAGGGUUUGAGGAGGAAAAUAUUGAACAAAUUUUGAGAUAUGAUUAUGGAAAAUAUUAUGCAUCAAAAACUUUCUUUGAUGAUGGGAAGAAUAGAAGGAUUUUGCUUGGAUGGGUCAAUGAGUCUUCAAGUGUUGCUGAUGAUAUCAAGAAAGGAUGGUCUGGAAUCCAUACAAUUCCAAGGACUAUUUGGUUACACAAGUCAGGAAAACAGUUGAUACAGUGGCCAGUUGUGGAAGUUGAGAAGUUAAGGGUAAAUCCUGUCAAAUGGCCCACUAAAAUACUCAAAGGAGGUGAACUAUUUCCAAUUAAUGGUGUCACAGCAGCACAAGCUGAUGUUGAAAUUUCAUUUGAAGUGAAUAAUAUUAGAGAGGCUGAAGUUUUGGACAAAUGGACAGACCCUCAAAUUCUGUGUAGUCAAAAGGGCACAUCAGUGAAAAGUGGAUUGGGACCUUUUGGCCUGCUAGUUUUUGCUUCAAAGGGGUUGCAAGAGUUCACAUCAGUGUUCUUUAGAAUAUUCAUUUACCAACAAAAAAAUUUGGUGCUCUUUUGUAGUGACCAAAGCAGGUCUUCUUUGAAUAAAGAUAAUGAUAUGACCACUUAUGGGACUUUUAUAGACGUGGAUAUUCUUCAUGAGAAGCUGUCAUUGAGAAGUUUGAUUGAUCACUCUGUGGUAGAGAGUUUUGGAGGAGAAGGGAAGGCAUGCAUCACAUCAAGAGUUUAUCCUACAUUGGCCAUCAAUGAUAAAGCACUAAUUUAUGCUUUCAAUAAUGGAACUACUAAUGUGAAGAUCACAAGAUUGAGUGCUUGGAGCAUGAAGAAAGCACAAUUAAAUGGAAACUUAUAAGCAGAAAGUAGGAGUGGAAUACUGAAUUUCAUAUAGUGAAAGUUCAUUUUUACCUCUUCUAUUUGUGUCUUGAAAUAUCAUUAACGUGACAUUAUAUAAUAUGAUCAACAUGUACUGUAUGUCAUUUUUUAUAACACAAAUUUGAUAAAAAGAUUAGGAAAAUAAUUCUACAGUCUUCUGCUA